GAUUUUUAUCUUCUCUGAAUUUUCUUUCUUCUCUAGAUAUAUAUGGCAUAUUUUUCUUUUAUGGACUUUACAACCAUAUAUAGCAUCUUUCAUAGCAUUUGUUCUUCCAUAUUUUCUAUCUGAAUUAUCUAACAUGAGGAUGAGAAAGAGACCUGAUGCCAAAACUGGUCGUCUAUAUCCAGAAGAUGUUGUUGCCUCCAUAGGAUCAUCACCAAAGCCUCCAUUUGAGCAGGAAGAGGAGGAAGUCUCUUCCAAACCAGGAGCAGCUAGUGAAGCAGAUGAGGAAAAGGAUCCUGAAUUAGAGAGAAGAAAAUAUAAACACCUUGGAUGGCCAUCAUCCAUAACCUUCUCAUUCAUUCAGACAAAAACACCAACACAAGAUUCCAGCACCAACCCUGACAACAAUGAAGACAGUAAAGAGGAUGAAAUCCAGUCAAAGAUUGAAAAGAACAAGAAGAGGCUCUCAAAAACAAUAUGCUGUUCUUCAAUGAUUUCUGUCAUUGGUGGAGGAAGUGGAUAUGUUGAAGAUAAGAAAUAUCAACAGUUUUAUGAUUGUAAAAUGUAACUUUGGAUUCUCAAACUCUUCUACAUCUCUUUUUCAUAAUGUCUUACCUUCAGAAGCUACCAUUCUGUUUGAUCCCUUAUCAAGUGGUGAAAUUUCUGAAAAUUUUCCCUUUUAGUCUCUCAUCAUCGGCACAGAAUUCUAAAUGAUGCAUUAAUGAGCUUACUUUUGAUGAUGUUGGAAUAGGAGAAACUCUUAUAUUGCUUUUCCCAGUACCAAGGAGACCUUAUCUUCAGAUUCUUCUUGUCAAGGUAUGUGGUCUUCUACCUUUUUUUUUUCAUUUUUCUUGUAGAGUUUAACCUGCUGUACGUUUUUAAAUUCAUGGUUUUCGCACAGUGGAACGCGGGAAAUGUCAUUCUCAUU